AUGAUCUACGCCAUCAUCAUCUUCAUUUUCAUCAUUUUUCUUAUCGCUACCAUCACCUACAUCACCUACUUAAUGUGGAAUUUCUAUGUUGUUGCCCCUCCCCUUCAGCCCGAACAUAAUGUAGAUACUGAGAUCAACAAUGCUACCUUUAGUACCCGGCCUACGCUCACCUAUGCUGAAGCCAAGAGUCGGGAUUCGCGAGCGGUCAACUCCAUUUGCUACUCUAUUUGUCUUGUCGACUAUGAGGAGGACGCGAUAGAGGAUAAGGCAUUGAGGCUUCUGUCAGAGUGUGGACAUUUAUUUAAUGCAACAUGUGUGGAUCUAUGUCUAUGGUGGCAACAGACUUGUUCAGUGUGCCGGUCGUUCGUGGUGAAUCAAGACAUGCAAACAUCUUUGGCAGAGGUAAUUCCACUUGAGAUUGAACAAGCUUAA